AUUGACUGCGCCUGUUUCAGGUUCCUCUCCAACGUCCAUCAUCUUCGCCUGAUCAUCCUUCCCUUUACCACACCCAACGACAGCAGGAACAUCAGGAACAUCAAUAUUGACAACAUUCUCCAAAUCAAACACAUCACUCUCCUCUCCUCUCAUCCCAUUGCUCAACCCCUCAACUUAUCCGCCAGUUGAUACAACUUCACCCCAACCUCGCUUUAUCUCUCUCCCGGUCUUCCCAUCGCAAUCAUGGGUGCCGUCCUUGCCAUCCCGGCUCUUAUACUUCCCUCCACCGCCACAUUAUGGUCUAUUGGGGCAUCAUGUUGCGGUGCCGCUUCAUGCUCCAUGAUCUGCGGUCCAUGCGGCAUGUCCAAGUUUCGAUCAUCCAUUGCUACCAGAAUCGCCUAUGCGGUUCUUCUCGUCUUCAAUAGCAUACUCGCCUGGAUCAGCUUGACGCCUUGGGCAGUUCGAAAACUUGAACACUUGACCUUGGAUUACAUGACUUUCAAGUGCGGCUCUUCAGACUGCUAUGGUUAUUUUGCUGUCCAACGGAUCAACUUCGCCCUCGGCUUAUUCCAUCUCAUUCUCUCCGUACUUUUGAUUGGCGUUCGCAGCACAAAGGACACCAGGGCUGGUCUACAAAAUGGCUUCUGGGGACCAAAGAUUCUGUUCUGGAUUGUACUGGUUGUGCUCAGCUUCUUCAUCCCAGAGGGCUUCUUUCUCUUUUGGGGAAAUUAUGUCGCCUAUGUCGGAGCCGUCCUCUUUGUUCUCCUCGGCCUCAUCCUUUUGGUCGACCUUGCACACACCUGGGCCGAACUUUGUCAGGACAAAAUCGAUCAAGGAGAUGGCCCCAAUUACCGUCUAUGGCAAUUCUUGCUUAUGGGCUCAAGUCUAGGCAUGUAUCUUGCUGCCUUCGCCAUGACGAUUGUCAUGUACAUCUUCUUUGCCGCCAGUGGAUGCAGUAUGAACAUCGCGGCCAUCACCGUCAAUCUGAUCAUGUUGUGUAUCAUCACCGUUCUGAGUGUGCAGCCUGCUAUUCAGGAAGCCAACCCCAAGGCCGGUCUUGCUCAGUCCGCUAUGGUGGCCGUUUACUGCACUUACCUCACAUUUUCAGCAGUCUGCAUGGAGCCAGAUGAUAAACACUGCAACCCACUGGUCCGAGCCAGAGGCGCUCGAACAACAACGAUUGUCCUCGGAGCGAUUGUUACCAUGCUCACCAUCGCAUACACUACCACACGAGCAGCCACACAAGGAUUUGCAAUCGGCAACAACACAGGAAAGGGAAAUUACGGAGUAUUAUCCCAGGACGAAUAUGAGCACGGGCUGGUGACUCAACAGCCAACCUCGAGACGAGAGAUCAUGAGGGCUGCCGUCGAGAGUGGUGCACUUCCAGCCUCUGCUCUUGAUGAGGAUUCAGACGACGAGGAAGAGGAAGUUGGCGGAAAAAAUGGAAAGGAUGAUGAACGCCAAGGAACCCAGUACAACUACAGCUUGUUCCAUGUCAUAUUCUUGAUGGCCACCUGUUGGGUCGCAACGUUGCUCACACAGGACUUUUCAGGUGAUCCGAAAGAUUCGGAUUUCAGUCCUGUUGGCCGAACAUAUUGGGCCAGCUGGAUCAAGAUCAUCAGUGCCUGGGUGUGUUAUGCGAUCUACAGUUGGACACUGGUGGCGCCUAUUGUUUUGGAAGGACGAGAAUUCUCAUGACUGGAGUGAAUCAGUUUUAUUUGUUAAUGGGCGUGAAGAGUUGUUCACAAAGCUCUUAUUGAAUGUCACAUACAUUGUCACGGUCAGGUCGGAAGAUGAUUAUCAACCGGCAUUAGCGCGCAUUCCUUACACAGUGGUUACUCUUGGAGAAUCAAAAUGACACGUUGAUAGCCCAUCGAGGGGUGUAUGAAACGUGCAUCUUUGGAGACUCGUAGUCAUGACUCAAUUUGACCUACAAAGCCCCUCGGCCCUCCUUGGUCUCAUCUACCCUUUCCCAUUAGCGGAUGACAAGAACUCGCUUCCC